CUGUUCUGUGAUCAGUUUUUGGCUCAUACUUUUGCUGUUCGGGUUCUGUUAAUUUUAUGUAAAUGAAAUUUUUUAAAUAAUAGUGUAUGCAUUGCAUAGUUCGUAUUCAAUAAAACUAUUACGGUGAGUCAAAUGUAAAUGGUUACCAAUAUCUGCUACUAGUAAUUUACGUUUGCAUUCUUUGGAGAUAUCCGCACUGAAGAAUACAUAAUGAGCAGUAAAAGAAAUAGAAAAACGUUUCGAGAAAACGAUAAUCAGACACAAAUCAAACGAGCAAGUACCAUUAAUCAAGCUCUUUUGAAAACUGCAGAUGAAUUGCAGAAGAUGAACAAAGAACAACUGAAGAUAGAGUGCCGAAAAAGAGGCCAGAAAUCGACAGGUUCUAAACAGGAAUUGCUACAGAGACUGGGAAAUAAAAUGGUUAAUCAGACAAAACGAAAAGAUGCAACUGCUCAGCAAAACGGCGACACAGUUCAAAAUCACACUAAAAAUAAAAGCACUGAAGAGCAAAAAAAGAAAGAAAAAACAGAAAGAGAAAGCAUAGUUUUGUGGAAAAGACCGCUUAUAACUAUAGAAUAUUUUUUUAGGGAAUGCUAUGUAUUAUUAUCGACUUAUGGAAAAAAAAUAUUAGCAUCUAAGAAGUUGGUCUUAGCUGUUCUGACCUCAGUAUUAUUAUUGUAUAUAUUGAUAAAUUUCCAAGGACCACACCAUAGAAUAGUACAACGCUUCUAUAAACAGUUGUUAUGGUGUUUAUACUGGUUAGGAUUAGGCAUACUGUCAUCGGUAGGUUUAGGAACAGGACUUCAUACAUUUCUACUCUACUUAGGACCUUUCAUAGCUCAAGUUACUUUAGCAGCAUAUGAAUGUGAAAGCCUCAACUUUCCAGAACCUCCUUAUCCUGAUGAAAUAGUUUGUCCGAGCGAAAGGGAUCCAUUGUCGAUAACAAUCUUGAGUAUUAUGUCAAAAGUUAGAAUAGAGGCUAUGUGCUGGGGAGCUGGGACAGCUUUAGGAGAACUGCCCCCUUACUUCAUGGCUAGAACUUCUAGAUUGUCAGGAAUUGAUCCUGAUGAUGACGAUGAUUUGAAGGAAUUAGAAGAACUUGAAAAGAAGAAAAAUAAUAGAGAUUCAUUGACUCUGAUAGAAAGGGUAAAACUAUUUGUAGAAGAAACUGUCCAAAAAGUCGGAUUUUUAGGAAUAUUGGCUUGUGCCAGUAUUCCAAAUCCUCUCUUCGAUUUAGCUGGGAUUACUUGUGGACAUUUCUUAGUGCCUUUUUGGACAUUUUUUGGUGCAACGUUGAUUGGUAAAGCUAUUAUCAAGAUGCACAUACAGAAAAUGUUUGUUAUAAUUGCAUUCAACGAAACUUUGAUUCAGACGGCCUUAGAAUGGCUGAAGGUAGUUCCUAUUAUAGGUGAUAAACUGCAAAUUCCAUUCAAAGCAUUUUUGGAUGGACAGAAACAGAAGUUACACAAAAAUACUGCCGGAACUGUGAGUGGUGGAAGUGGAAAUAUUUUGAGUUCAAUUUUUGAAAUAUUUGUUAUGUUCAUGGUGCUUUAUUUCGUUAUAUCAAUUGUUAAUUCUUUUGCGCAAUCCUAUCACAAGAGAAUACAUAAAAAUAAAAAUACCAAAAAUAGUAAAGACUAAAAAAUUUGAAUUGUGAAUAAUAUUUCUUAUACAGUAGAGUUUAUCACACAUUCUUCACAAAAUUGAUGAACUAAAAUUAUUUUCAAGAAUUUCAAGUACACUCAAACCCAAACGCCAAAAUUUAAUUGUUUGAUUUUUGGAUUGUAUUUUAAUAAUUAGCUGAAAUUGAAAAUUCCUUAUUUUGUUAUAUCUUAUUGAGAAUUGAAAAAAUAUUUAUUUACUGUGUAAAUAAAAACAGAUAUGAGUCUACUGUAUGAGAAAGAAGCCAAAAAUGUUUUUUGUUUUUUUUUCUAAUUUGUUAUUUCAUUUUGUAAUAUUUGUAUAUAGAUAUUCCAACCAUUCCUAUUUUUAAUAAAGUUUGCCAAUGUUGAAAAGUU